AUGCAAGCGCUACCCACGCCGCCGCUCUCGGCUACACACCCCCAUCCCUCCGCCCAACUUCAAAGCCAGGCGGGACCGAGUCGAGCGGACCAGCCGCCGUUCACGUAUAGACCUAUCGGACCGCAGGGCACGCAGCAGAUAUUUCAGUUUCCGCCGAACGGGAUGAGCGCUCAGCAGCAGCAAGUGCAGGUGCUUGGGCCGGUGCAGCUGCAGCCUGCGCCGGUCGGGCCUGUGUUUCAACAACCUCAACCUCAGCCUCAGGUUCAGCCUCAGUCGCGUCCUGGCUCGACACACGGACACGGACAGCAACAGCAGCAAGCGCAGUCCAGCCGGCAUCAGCACCAUCAUCGUCAAGCGCCACACCCCCCGCAACAAGCUCAGCAACAACACGCUCCACAGCAACAACAGCCGCAGCCGCCGCCUCCUGCGAAUGUUCAGCCCGUAGCCGUGCGCCAGGCGUAUGCGGACGCGAACGCGCUGUUGCAGCCUACGCGGAACGGGCUCAUUGGCGUCUUUGAUGGCCUUUUGGCGGCUACGGCGAGGGAGCUGCAGGGGAGGCAGGAGGAGCUUGAUCAUGCUCGCAGCAUGAACAACCGCAUCGAGCGCGACUACCGCGACCUGUACCGGCUCGCGAUAUCGCUGCAGCGCAUCGAGGAGCAGCUAAGGGGCGAGGUCGAGCUGCUGAGGUUGCGCAAGGGCGCGGACGGAGGCGCUGUGGCGGCGUUUUGGAAGGGGCAUAAGGGGAGGGAGGAUAGGCUUUGGGGCGCGGUUGAUAGGUGCAUCCAACAAUGCCAAUGCGGCGCGGCAAAAGCUACGUUAUCCGACGUCGUGCUCCUCAAACGGUCCAACCGCGCUUCGUCCUCCUCUUCCUCAUCCAAUGCACAACCGCGUCCGCACACCUCCGACCGCGAACGGCGCCCUUCAACUCAAAGCUCUACUUCCAUGUCCGUGUCCGUGAAUACCCAAGCUCAGAACGGCGCGCACAGGCGGUUCUCGACCGGCUCGACGACGAUUGGCUCGCCCGUCGUCUCCACAUCCGCCCAAGGUCCUCACAGCGCGUUCCAGAGCCCGGUCGUGCAGGGUGGACCGAGCACGUUCGCCUCGCCCGUCGUGCCCACCGGUCCGGCUAUGUUCCAGAGUCCUGUUACGGGGGCGCAUCAGUCGCCCGUCGCGCUCAACGGGAGUGGAACUGGCGCGCUCAACGGGAACGGGGUCAGUACGGUGCCCGUGUUCAACGGCGGGCCCGUCCCUCAGCCUCAGGCGCAGUCGAGGCCGAGUACGGCGUCGCGACCCCCAAGCGCUGUUCAAGCGGGCGCGUUCCAUAUACCCGUACCGCCCAAUGGAGCUCCAAUCGUCGUAGCUCCGCCUGUUGUACCGAGUCAGCAAGGGGUACAGCCUGUUGUUCCUCAGCCUCAGCCUUAUGGUGUCCCCCUACCACCGACGCAGUCGCACGUCGUACCCUCCCAACUCCACCCGUCGCACGUUCCAGUUCCAGGCCAGGCAGCCCCAGCGCACGUCCCAGGCCUGACGCCCGAACAGCUCCUCCAGCUCGCGGAGCACCCGAGCCAGGCGCAGAAUAGGAAUGCGCUGAGGAUGCAGGCUAUGAGUAUGAUCCAUCGGCAGAAUCAGGGCGCGGCGGGCCAGCAAUCUCAUUCGCAACCGCUACCCGUACCGAUACCGCAGAUGGGGAUGGCGAGCGCGGCAGGGUUCGUCGCGGCUGCUACAGACGCGAACGGGCAGGCGUUGGCGGGGUUGCCGGCGUAUCCCGAACGCCCGCCCGCGCCCCAGCCGUCGUCAUCCCAAUCCUCGUCAUCGUCGUCAUCGCCUCAGCAGAGUGAGAAUCGGAGCACGAGUCAAACACUGCUGAACCUGCCCAAAGCGGCGCGCAUGGCGCUGGUCGGGCUCAACGAUCCGCGCUCGCCGUUACGGGACGCGCUCAGGCUGCGCGCGGGUCUUCCCGCGUCCGCUCCACCUUCCAGCGCACCCAGCGUAUCCCUGACAUCACCCACCAACCCGAACGCGACGCCCGCGCCCUCGGACGUCCGCGCGCGCCUCCUCGCCGAGCUCGGCGCCCGCCUCCGCACAUUCUCGCCACAAGACGCGCUUAUACUCCUCAACCUCGGCCCCGAGAAGAACCGCGCGCUGGCGGCGCUGAGCGGGGGCGGGAGCGAGGAGGAUGUGAGGGCUAUUCGGGCGCUGGAGGGCGUGCAGGAGGAGAUUAGGGCUGUUGAGGGGCUGGUGAGGGCUGUUUGUGCUGAGGAGUUUGUUGGGGUUAAGGAAGAGGCGAGGAAGGAGAGGAAGGAGAGGAGGAUUAAGAGGGAGAAGGGGGAGAGGGUUACUAUUGAUCUUACGCUUGAUGAGAUCGAGAAUGCGGAUGCGGAUGGGGGAGAGGCGAUGGCGUUUACGGAUGAGCCGGAGGAGAUGGACGUCGAGCAUUACGCAUCGACAUCGACAGCUCAACCUGAAGUCCCGCAAUCGAGCCCGCGUGCAACGGACGACUCUUCCUCGCCCUCGCGCCGCCGUGCGCGCUCAGACUCGGGCGUCGGCACGGAUAUAUCGGACACAUCGGGCUCGGGCGCGGGCGAGGGACGGGCCGUGAAGCGGGCCAGGCUGUCACUUGACGAUAACGCAUUGGCGCGGAGCGAGUUGGAGGAGGGCGAGAUCGUCAGUCCGCAUCUGGCCGGCGAGAGGCAGAUCCAGCAGACGCUUACGCCCGACGCUACGCCGCGUCUCCGCGCCGCGACUGCGAGGAUGGUCGAGCGCGAAGAGGCGCCGGGCAAGCAGGGCUCGAUUGAUCCGCGCGCGCUCACCGAUACCACCAAUUCGCAAUCCCACCCGCCAUCUCAACAGACAACGACGGCGCUCCCGGCUAUGACAUCCGGCGCGAAGACGGCCUUCGUGAAUAACUUCCUCCAAAGCUUUACAGAGGCCGAGAACGGGGAGAAGACGGAUAUACAGCAGAUUCUGGGCGCGAUUGCGAAGGCGCAGAGUGCGAGCGGGGUUGUGGAGGGCAUCGUGGAAGCUGCGUACGCCGGGAAUGCUACCCCGCGCGCAGCCGUUCCUCCUACGCCGCGAGUCGACGUUCCGCCGCCUACGACGCCCACGCCCGCGCCGCCGCCGCCAUUACCUGUAUCCUCGGCACCGCCUAUGGAGCGGACUCGGAGCGUGCCGAUUGAACCUGCAACUGCGGUGCCGGUAUCGGCUUCUGCGCCUGUUACGCCCGCGGAGUACGAGCCGAGUCCGUUCGUCCAGGGCAGCAGCGGUGCAUUCGAUCCCGGCGCGUUCGUUCAAGGACACUCCGGAGAGCCAGACCAUUCGCCAGUGUUACAGUCCGAAGAGCUGUUGCGUAUGCGGCAGCAAUCAGGGUAUAACGGACCGUAUACUGGUCCGCCACAUCCGUACGAGCUGCAACAGCAGUACCCGAUGGCGGCCCUUCAGCAUGUACCCGUCGAUCUCGAGGGCGGACAUAGCGGCGAGUUACCGCGGUUGCCGGAUGAUAAACCCGCGGAGAUGAGGGUGUUGGGGCCGGACCAUCUGGCGCUGUUGUAUGAGGUUGAGGAGGGGCUGGGCGGGUGGGCUUGUCGGUUGUGUCUGGCGCGCAAAGAAGCGGACGAGUCGUGGCCGGUGCCCGUAUACUCGACGGGCGACGGCUCGAUGCCGGACCAGUUGAGGACCGUGAUGAGCGCGCAUUGUGCCGAGACGCAUGCGGGGGCGUAUGCGCAUAUUGCGGGUUUGGAUGAUGAGGAGGCGAGGGCGGAGUUGAGGGAUAUGAUGGAUGAGGAGUAG